CAGGACUCCACAAUGCUCCCCACCCCGCUACCACACGGAUUCACCCAACGCCUUGUCGUCGUGCUGCUCGACGACUUGCACGCCUACUCGUACGACCUGAGGCUUCGCUCGGCAUCUUGCACGCCUAAGAUACAGACUACUCAUGCGACCUGAGGCUUCCGCACUAUCUGAAACGACAGUUGAGCUAUCCGAAACGUUUUUUUCCAGGUCUCCUCGCUGUUCACGUCGCUAGAACUUAGGCGACGACCACGUAUAGUGUAACCGUCGCACUUAAUGCGAUAGGCUGUCGGUGAAUCGGCGUAUCAGCUCACGGGUGAGGCGCGCGAAUCGAUUUUUCAACUCGAACUGUCGCUAACUGCAUCGACGGGAUUUUUUUCCUCAAGACUCGCUUGUAGUGUAACCCGAAGCGCAGACUCGCCAAGUCGCGUUCACACGGAGUCAGAAUCCUCUCGUAACCAUCGCGCAAACAAACGUUCCUAUCGCAGAAUCCUUGUAGCCGAUGUAGAGGAGCGUUGCGAGUAUCGCUCGUACGAUACCAUCAUCAUCAUGGCCUGCUCCAUAUACCAACAGCCUGUUGGCGCUGAGCGCUGGCGCUCCAUUUCCUUUGCAAGAAGAAGCGACCGCAAAUUGCGUUCAGACUACACCACUCUCCACCCCUCCCAACCCCCUCUCCCCCAACACCCGUUCACGCGAACCCCGCUAGCCCAACUACCGUUCGCCCUAACCCGCCUAGCCCUGCUCCCGCUCUUGAUCCUUCUGCCUCUCCUCGCGUCGCCGUUGCUCUCCGCCGCCGCCGCCGCCGCCCCCGCUCCCGCUCCCGCCACAGCAGACGGUUCCGAACAGGACAACUGGGCCGCAGAAAUGACCGUGGGCGAGCCUCUCGAUAUAAGCACGUCGUUUGGUGAGAGCACAGACCUCGGUGAAACUCCGGACCUCGGAGCUAGCUCUCUCUCCGUGAAACUCUCUCCAGCGGACGGUCUGGAUCACAAGAUCAAUCUCAAGCGGGCAUUCAAGGGAAAACUGCCGUUUCCCCUCCGCCCACCGGGGGCAGGCGGGGGGAAGAGAAAGAAACCGGGAAAGGGCAAGGGAGGCCCAGGCACGAGACGAGGAGCCAACCCAGGCAAGGGGAAGGGGACGGGGACCGGGACAGGUACUGGUUCUGGUACGGGCGCAGGCUCGGGAUCUGGUUCGGGAAAUGACACGUCUAAAUCGGGAAGGUCUUCGCCAGGGGACGGCGGAGAUUCUAUCCGCGGAGGCGGUGGCGGAACGGGGAAUGGGACGGGGAGCGGAACGGGAAGCGGAACGGGGAGCGGAACCGGGAAUGGAACAGGAAGCGGAACAGGAAGCGGGACAGGGAGCGGAGGGCAAGCGGGAAGCGGGGGGGCGGGGAACCAGACUGGGAGCGGAGGCUCUGGAGGGCAAGCGCCCGGCAGAGCACCAGUGUCAAAUCUAACGGCGGAGCAGCAAGCAGCGCUGGCCAAAGUGAACGAGGUUUUGGGGUUUUUGGAGCAGCGUAGAUUCACGGGAACGGCAAUGGGCAUCCGAGCAAGCGGCAUGAAUGAGACUCUUAUGAAUACACUCAUCACCAACAAUAUCACAAUUUUCGCACCAACCAAUGGAGCAUAUUUUCGCAUGCCCAAGAACACGCGCUUUGGUGGACUGCAGAGGAAGAAGGCCACCCUAUGGCAGGUCAUGGCCUAUCAUGUACUGCCACGUCGGAUGGAGUUCAGUGACCUCAAAGGCCUUGGGAAUGGAUUUCAGCUGGAAACACUCGACAAGCUAUUGUUAACGAAGAUUCAAACAGACUUCUGGUUGCGCAUCUUCAAGCUGCAUGACUCAUCAUCGGGGUCACGAGUCGUGCUUGGAAACAUGUAUACAAGCCCAUCAAUUGUAGUUCAUGGAGUAGAUACAGUAUUACUGCCGACAAAGGUCAAGAACGGUGGCUCUUCAUUAUGAUAAAAGGAUCUGUAUGUCACCUUAACCAAAUUUUUGUAUGUAGAAGUUAUAGGCUAGAUAGGUGUGUGUUCUUAGAGGGUACAACUCCAACCCUAUAUCUACCUUG